AGAUGACUUCAAGACACUGCUUAGUCUGAUAACAUCCAGUUAUGUGAAAGAAAAUACAUAACUCUGGAUAUCAGAACACUGGUUAUUGUCAAUUUUUCCAGAUAUUUCAGAUUUUUAGGUGAAGUAUGCUGACUACUGUCAGAGCCGCUAGAUGGUCCCUCAGGCACUUGAGGAGUAUCUCUAAAUAUGCUAUGGAUUCAGGAUACCAGCAGGCUAAUGUGGUCAUCCUGCCCAAUCAUCUGGCCAAUGACUUUGAGGCGUUCUGUUGCAGUAAUCAGGCCCCCCUGCCACUCCUUUAUCGCAGCCAAUCAGGAGAGACCUCGUGCCCACCUCUGGCUAAACUUGCAGACAUAAGGACAGAUAUCUCUCAGUACUGUGUGUAUCACGAGGGUCGCCUGGUGAAGACAGUCUCCAGUCUGCAGAAUUGCAGCGCUCAACCAAGGACUGCAUCAGAACAGCCGGCUGUGCAUGAUGACCUGUGGUCAGACAUGGUGUGUUUCUAUCUGGGCUGCAGUUUUGGCUUCGAAGGAAAACUUAAGAAAGCUGGAGUCCCUGUUAGGAAUGUGGAGCAAGGCAGGAAUGUCAGCAUGUACAGGACUGCAGUUCCCUGUGUUCCAGCAGGAGCAUUCAGCUGCCCUCUAGUGGUCACUAUGCGUCCUAUUCCAGCUGACCUGCUGGAUGCAGCAGUGGAGGUUACUCACCUCAAUCCACUAGCACAUGGAGCUCCUAUACAUAUAGGAGACCCAGCUCUCCUAGGCAUACAAGACCUGUCCAGACCAGAGUAUGGGGAGCCAGUUGAGCUGCAGCCUGGGGAUGUCACAGUUUUCUGGGCCUGUGGAGUGACUGCUAUAGAGGCAAUACUCAGCAGCAAACCUUCUUUGGCAUUCAGUCACUCACCAGGCUCCAUGUUCCUGACUGACCUCCCAGAUUCCACCCCUUCUUCCCCUGUAACCCCUCCUUCUGACAGUGUGGACCCUCUAGCCACGAUCCUCAGUUCUGAGCUGACCCCCCUCAGCUUCCUUGUAUCUCACAAUCCCUUGUUCUACAGCCUGGCAUCUCAGAAGGCUGUGGUAGCGAUCAGGCAGCUGGAGACGAUUAUUGGAGAGGACCCAGGUCAACGAGGGAUCAGAGCUUUAUUUGUUCAGGAUGAACUUCUGCGCUCCUGUCUGGCACUCUCCCACUCCUCGUCUGUUGCCAUAACAACUGGCUUCCCCACACACUACAUGCACAGCCCUCCCGACGAGACAGACGGCCCACCUGGAGCCAUUGCCAUGGCAACCAUGCUGCUGUCCCUGGGGAAGAAGGUGACAAUGGUAACAGACAAGAGAGGUCUGGAGAUGAACCAGGCUAUCAUUGAUGAAGCAGUGAGGACAGGUGUGCUGAAAACUAAAAUUCCACUGGUCACCUUUGAAGACAGCGGCCCAGACUCUGCACUACACUUUCUGUGUCACAAUGGAGACCCCAGAAAGCCCAGGUAUGACCACCUUGUGGCAAUAGAGCGCAGUGGACGAGCUGAGGAUGGAAAUUACUACAACAUGAGAGGAGUCAACAUCAAACAUCUGGUGGAUCCUAUUGAUGACUUGUUUAUUAUUGCCAAAGAUAUCGUAGGAAUUACUACUACAGGAAUCGGUGAUGGUGGUAAUGAGUUGGGGAUGGGUAAACUGAAGGAGAGGGUGAAGAGCCUGAUGCCCAACGGGCGUCUUGUAGCCUGUGUUGUUCCUGCUGACUACGCCAUCACUGCUGGGGUCUCUAACUGGGGAGGAUACGCUGUGGCCUGUGGGCUCUACCUGCUCCACACCUGCCCUUCCCACCAGCGAUAUCUAAAGAAAGGACUGGGUCUGGAACACACACACCCUCAAGAACAGCUCCAGGACUGGACUGCUAACCUGCCAUCUGUGAACAAGGAGGAGUCUAUUCUGUCCACUCUGGUGCGUUUUGGAAUUCGAAGUGGGGUAACUGCUCACUUGGCCAUGGAGGUUGACGGUUUGACCUUCCACCCCACACACUCUGACAUCAUCACCCGACUAGUGGAGGUCACUGCUGGCUCGGCUGCUCAUAAGCCUUAAUGAUCGUUCACAGCUGUGUUUUUAAGAUUCUCCAUCUGUGAGAGUGUUAAUAGGGAAUACUAAUCAGUAAGAUGACUGAAGCCAAUUAUUGUAAAUGUGAAUGUUCAUUUAGCACAUGAAACACACUCAAGCAGA